CACAUCACCCCCCUUCAUCACCCCCCCCCCAUGUCCAACCACUCUGCUCUCAGCUUUACCUUUAUUUCUACUUGAGGUCCUCCAGUGAUCUCCUGUGUGAGAGGACCAGCAGAUAUGGACAGAAAACAUGUUGUAUGGAUCGUGAUGCUUCUUCUCCUGGUCCUCCUGGGUGUGGCAGAGUCUACAGACCCUUUGACAGAUUUGGAAAAUAUUGCCGGGAAGCUUGUUUUCUAUCAAAUGGAUGGAAAUGCCACUUAUGUGAGAGACACAGGAGAGUUGGCGUCAGAUGUUCCCACAGAGACCAUGUUUGAACUCUUCGAUCCCCAGCGGAAUUUCAGUUCUGCAAAAUUCACCUAUACAUGGGAUUUAGGCAACGGAGAAGUGAUCCAAGGGACGGAGCCAGUUGUCCGCUAUCAUUACUCAGAAUCAGGGAACUACACACUGCGGCUGAAAGUAGGAGUCAAUGUGACCAAAUCUGCCCCUCCAAUCACCGGGGUCUACUCCACAGAUGUUCAAGUGCUCGAUGCCAUCAAAAAAAUUGAGCUGACGGGCCCUUCAGAUUAUGAGGUGUCUCAGGACACCAGUCUGGCUUUUCAUGUCGAUGGAAGUCCUCCCAUGUGGGUGUGCUGGCGUUUCCUGACUAACUGUGUGCCGGACAUUACGGGGGGCUGCACGCUGACCAUGUUGUAUGAAAACACACUGAGACUGAACCACACCUUCACCUCAACUGGUGUCCACUGCCUGGACAUCAGCGUCCGCAAUGACAUCAGCAAACUGCAGACCUCCUUCAGCCUCUAUGUCAAGAGAAACACCAACCCCCACAUGUUCUUCAUCCUGUCAUGUGCUGCCAUUCUUGUCGCAACUUUCUCCUUCAUCACAGUUAUCGCCUGUCGCCCUCGUCAUCAGAUCAGACCACAGAUUGCUGCUUCCAGUAAUGCUGUAUUCCUGAAGAGCCAAGACUCAGAUAAUCAAAGCAGGAUUCUCUUUAACUUCUCCAACGUGGAGAGAGGAGAGAAAGAGCCGCUCCUCAUGCAGCAUGGUACUCAAUACUCCUCUUAACCGUCACACUGCUCCUCUGUCUGCUCUCUGUCUGUGCACAUGUAUAUAUUUGGCAGAAGAUAAUAUACAAUUAUGCCUUUACGGAUGUAAUAACAAUUUUCAUCUUAUCACAUAUCACCAUGGAUUUAUAUUGCUAAAUCUGUGACCAGUGCAUGAUUAAGUUGCAUAAGUAGUGCCUGUUUUGGACUGUGGUCUAAGCUGUGUUAAUUAAUGGUUCAGUCAUUAUUGUUCAGUAAGUAGCUGAUGAUGAUCAAUUAAUGAGUCACUGAGCUGGGCCUGACAUUCAGAUGAACUCAUAAUAAAUUAAUAGCUCAAGUGUAGGUCAUGUUUAAACAAUGAGUGCUAAGUUAAACAUGCUGUGACUGCAUCAGACUGUUCACUUAUUUAUUGUUUUUUUUUUCAUAUUGUGUAUAUGUAUGUAUAGAUAUGGGCUGCUUAAAUCUGUGCCUCGCUUUGCUUUGCUCUCAAGAAAAAGAAUAAAACAUAUGUUUCCUUUGUAGCAACA